AUGCCAACCAAGCGGGUGGAGCCGGUCACCGUCCUCAGCCUUCGGAGGUUGAGCCUGGGAGCCCCAGAGCCACAGCCAAAAGAGCCCAAGACUUUCACCGUGGAAGAUGCCGUGGAGACCAUCGGGUUCGGGCGCUUCCACAUCGCCCUGUUCCUCAUCAUGGGCAGCACUGGGAUUGCCGAGGCCAUGGAGAUCAUGUUAAUAGCGGUUGUGUCUCCCGUCAUCCGCUGUGAAUGGCAGCUGGAGAAUUGGCAGGUGGCGUUAGUGACCACGAUGGUGUUUUUUGGCUACAUGGUCUUCAGCAUCCUCUUUGGCCUCCUGGCUGACAGAUAUGGCCGCUGGAAGAUUUUGCUCAUCUCGUUCCUGUGGGGAGCCUACUUCUCCUUGCUGACCUCUUUCUCUCCCUCGUACAUCUGGUUUGUCUUCCUGCGGACGAUGGUGGGCUGUGGCGUGUCUGGCCAUUCACAAGGGCUGAUCAUAAAGACGGAAUUUUUGCCCACGAAAUACCGAGGCUACAUGCUCCCCUUGUCCCAGGUUUUCUGGCUCGCGGGCUCCCUGCUCAUCAUCGGCCUGGCCUCUGUGGUCAUCCCCACCAUCGGGUGGCGCUGGCUCAUCCGCAUCGCCUCCAUUCCUGGCAUCGUCCUCAUCUUGGCCUUCAAGUUCAUCCCUGAAUCUGCUCGGUUCAAUGUCUCCACCGGGAACACGCAGGCGGCCCUGGCUACGCUGCAACACAUCGCCAGGAUGAACCGCUCGGCCAUGCCCGAGGGGCAGCUGGGGGAGCCCAUCCUGGAUAAAAGAGGAAGGUUUGCAGACCUGUUGGAUGCUAAAUAUUUGCGGACCACAUUACAGAUCUGGGUCAUAUGGCUGGGCAUCUCUUUCGCCUACUACGGGGUCAUCCUGGCCAGCACCGAGCUUCUGGAGCGGGACCUGGUCUGUGGUUCGAGGUCCGAGUCCGAGGCGAUGGUGAGCGUGGGCGUCUCAGAGGAGAGCCAGAGCCCCUGCUACUGCCACAUGUUUGCCCCCUCCGACUACCGGACCAUGAUUAUCAGCACCGUUGGUGAAAUUGCCCUGAAUCCUCUGAACAUCCUGGGCAUUAAUUUCCUGGGCAGACGGCUGAGCCUGUCUAUCACCAUGGGCUGCACAGCUUUAUUCUUCCUUCUCCUCAAUAUUUGCACUUCAAGUGCCGGCCUCAUCGGCUUCCUCUUUAUGCUGAGGGCUUUGGUGGCUGCCAACUUCAACACCAUCUACAUUUACACCGCUGAGGUCUACCCCACCACCAUGCGCGCUUUGGGGAUGGGGACCAGCGGCUCUCUGUGUCGCAUUGGAGCAAUGGUGGCACCAUUUAUAUCCCAGGUUCUGAUGAGCGCAUCGUUGCUGGGGGCCCUGUGUCUUUUCUCAUCCGUCUGUGUUAUAUGUGCCAUUUCAGCAUUUACUCUCCCCAUUGAGACCAAAGGUCGGGCCCUACAGCAAAUUAAAUGAAGAUCCGAAAACCUGUGUCUACCAAAGAAGAAAAUUGUAUUUUAUCUUCACAAAGAGUUGUGGUACAUUUUUAACAACCUGGUGUUACUUCUGUAUGCUACUUGGUAAUUAAGAAACUAUUUUUUAAAAAUAAGGCACAUAAGAAUAAGAUAGAGCCAAAACACCUAGAACUUGUAUGAAGUACACUUAAAUUAAAAGCUAUGUCUGUGGGAGAUGGGUAGGGGGAAGGUGGCUUUCCUUCCUUGACAUAAAGUCCCAACUUUUAGGUGAAUUAUUCUCAGGCAAAAAACAUAUAUACUAAGAUAAGAACUUGGUAUGGUAUCAUUAAAGCUUUCAAAAUACUCAAAUUUAUAAUAGCAUAUUUAUUAAAAUUGUGGCCUCAUUUAUUAAUGAAAAUUGCUUAUUCAUAAACAAUAUGCUUAAGUUAGCAUGAGUCUUGUAUAUAAUCACCAAAAAGUUGAGAACAAUUUUCACCAUUUUCAAUUUUCAUUUAAUUAAUUUAUUGGGGAAUCUCAUUCCCAAGUGAUAAAACAAAUGAAGAGUGCAGCAAGCUUACCCACACCAUGCAACUGUCUGCCCUUUGUUGAACAGUCGCUGCCUGAUCUCAUACAUGCCACACUCUACUAGGCUAGAUAUGCUGUGGAAAGGAAGCACCUCAAGUUUUCACACUUAUAUUUCGUCUUUUAUUAUUGUUCAGAUUUACUGUGAAGUCCUCAGAAAUUGGGCUCCCAAGGCUUGGCUCACCUACUCACCCCCAAUCUGCACUAAAAAAAGACUUGCUGCAACCACAUUAGUGUCCCUGCCCUAGCAAACUGCAUGUAUGAGAGGGUUUAUACCCCUGCUUCAGUGGGAGUGGGAGUGCAAGUCAUUCCUAUUUAAUCACAGGCACAGAUGGCUUUAAGCAAGGAAGGCUUUUCUGUAAAGGGGCAGACAGUAAAUAUUUUAGGCUUGGUGAACUACAUAUGAUCUGUUGCUUUUUUUCUCCUCCACAAGCCUUUAAAAAUGUGAAAAACACUGUUGGCUCUGAGGCUGUGUAAAAGCAGGCCAUAGAUUGAAUUUUGUUGAAAUAAAUUUCUAGGCCCAAAUGAAGACUACUCCUGCCUGGGGUACCACAUCAGCAAACCAAACUUUGAAUAAAUUUUGUGUCCCUAUAAAUGCUCUGCUUGACCAGAAAUAUAUUGUAACCAGCCAGCCAAACACCAAGCCAACUCUGGGCUCUAUACUUACUUUCUUAUUCCUUAUUCUUUAAAAGAUUCCUGCCUCUGCCCAGUGCUUAGGAUCCCGGCACUGUAGACUGCCUGCUUCAGCAAGUGUUAAAUAAAGUUUGUUUGAAUCACCUAAAUUGUCUUCUUUAAUCAUUUUAAACAGUUUUUGGUGACAAGGAUGGAAGUUGACUGCUAAUGGCCUGCAGGACAAGACACACAGGCGAGAAGCCCACUGAACCUUUUGAGUUCACUGUUCCUCUCGUCAAAGCUGAGGGCCAUUGGUAAGUCACUCUUGGAUUUGAGCUCCACUCCCUUGUGUGUAGCUCUCCAAUCUAAACACUUUAUUUAAAAAAAAUAUUGUUCCCGGAAAGGUUCCAGGACAGUUAUAGUGGAAGUCUGCGGUUAGUGGUAGCUGUUAGGAAACUCAAAGCCUACAGCAUAAACUAAACUACUGGGAGACUUGGGGAACUAAAUUAAGAUUGUUUUAACCAAUGGCACAACAAAAUCUAAGUAGGCAUACACCAGACAAGUAAAAGCCAUUAGGGCGUCUGACACUAUAAAGAAAGCUUCUCAGGAAAGGAAUAAUAAAUCUAUUGCUAAUAGGAAUCUCGGAAGCCAAAGCUGAAAAAUGGUGGACACAGGUCAAACACUUGUAAGACGUUAGAGUACUCACCACUAAAUCUAAGCCUUCUGUGCUAGGAUAAGUUGGUUGUGGAAUACAUUCGAUUGAAAUUAAUUCACCUGCUAAACUGAAGAAAAAUUCCAGUGAGGUACACUGUAAAACACCACACAAUCCCCAACCCAGUGGCAUUUCCCUCUUAGAUAUUCA